AUGGAUUUAAUGAAUUGGGCUGUUAUUUAUAGUGAUGUUCCUGAAGAUAAAAGAGAUGUUUUAAUAACAAAUGUUACAGAUUUUAUUGGUAUUCUCUCAGAAGAAGCUGAUGAUUUGGAUCUUCUAUGUAAUAUGGCACCAGAAGCUGUGGUUGUAUAUGAAAAUGUAGAAAAAGAUGGUACUUUUGAAAAGUUGUAUGAAAAAUUAAACAAAGAACACCCAGAAGUUAUGUAUGUUGUUCAGGUAAUGAUGAACAAAGCUAAACAAGAUGAGAUAUUUUCAAGAAUGAUGGCUUCCAAGUAUGGUCUUAUUUUGCAAGUUUUUUCUGUUGAAGAGGCUUUAAAUGGUUUUAAAUUUGAGAAUCCCGAAGCUGCCUUUGAACAAUUUUGUUCUCAUAUUGAAAAUAGAUUAACAAAAAUGAUGGAGGAAGAAAAUAGUGGAUUGGAUCUAACUGUAUACUUUGACAUUGAUCUUGUUGACCGACAAUUAACUUCUAAAUCAAAAAAUGAAGAAAAGAUUUUAAAAUUAUUAGAGUAUAAACUUCAGAAAUUAGAUCUAAAAAGUGUUUUGACUACUGAAGCAUACGAAUCAAGUCUUUUGGUUACUGGAUAUCCAGUUGAAUGGAAUUCUUUUAAAGUUGCAGGAAUUUUCUCCAAUUUUCCUGUAGAAGAUGUUGCUGCCGCUGAUAUAAUUAGUUUAAAGCUGGAGGAUAAUAACAAAUAUGUACUUUUACCACUAAUAGAAGAUGUAAGAAAUGCAGUUAGUAAACUAAUUCCUAUUAUUAAUGCUUGCUAA